ACUGUUGAUACGGGCUUUAUCUUGAAAGAGAGGCAUUUUCAUUAGGAUUAGCAAAUCCUGUAAUGUUCCAUUUUCCCUGUAUUGACUUACACUGACUUUUCUUUUUUUCCCUUGACUUUUAUUUCUUUUGCUUGCUUGCUUGCUUCUUGUUUUUUUUAAUUUCUUUGCUCCUUGGUGCCAGACAGCUUCUCAGCCCCCUCGCCGAGCACUUGUGGGCUGGCAGCGCUCUGCCUCAGCCAGGGCUGCCGCACGGGUGCCGGCCUGUUUGCAGCUGGCUUUUAUAGUUAUUUUUUUAGAUAUAGCCCUGAGGUGGAGGCGACGGCGAUGCUGUAGGUGCGCGGAGGAGCCCCCGGGGAGCCGGGACCCCCGUCACGCCCAGCCCGCCGCGGGAGGCCGGCCCCGGCCCCAGCCCCGUUCGGCGCGGGCAGGGGGCGAAGGCGGCGCGGCUCGUUGUGGGGAAGGGGGCACCGGGUGCGGCGCCGCCCGCCCCUCAGGGCUCGCCUCACGGGCGCGCUCCGGGCCGUACCGGGCGGGCGCUCCCCGGGCCGGGCCCGCGGGGCAGCCGCCGCCAGGAGGCGGCCUGAGGGGCGGCACAGCAGGGCGCGGGAGGCGGCGGGGCGCCCCGCUCCGGUUCCUCAUUCUCCGCCCGGCGCCCAGCCUCUCCCGCAGAGCUCCGCGCCGCGCCCGGCACCCGGCGGCGAUGAUGGACCGCGACCGCAACAAGACGCUGCUGCUGGAGCUGCAGAGGGCUGCGGGCACCGGCAACGGCCGCUGCGCCGACUGCGGGGAGCCAGAUCCAGAGUGGGCUUCUUACAAACUUGGAAUAUUCAUUUGUUUGAAUUGCUCUGGAAUCCAUCGCAAUCUUCCUCAAAUCAGCAGGGUCAAAUCCCUUCGGCUUGACUUCUGGGAGAAUGAUCUUACUGAGUUUAUGAAGAAGCAUGGGAAUCUCUGUGCCAAAGCUAAAUAUGAGGCAAAAGUCCCUCCCUACUAUUACAUCCCCCGGUCCUGUGAUUGCUUGGUUUUAAGAGAGCAAUGGAUUAGAGCUAAAUAUGAGCGUGAGGAAUUUGUUGCCACCCGAGUCUGCCAAGAUCCUUGUUCUGCAGGUAGCCGUGAAGGGUUCCUCUGGAAGCGUGGGCGGGAAAGUAGACAGUUCCAGAAGAGGCGAUUUCUCCUAUCAGCAAGGGAAGGGGUGUUGAAGUACUACACCAAAGAAUCCAGAGGUCCAAAAGCCAUUAUCAGCAUUGAGAAUCUGAAUGCAAUGUUCCAGACAGAGAAAAUCCAACAUGCUCACGGUCUGCAGAUCACAUACAGCAGAGAUGGGCAGACAAGGAACCUUUUUGUCUAUCAUGAAAGUGGAAAGGAGAUUGUUGACUGGUUCAAUGCCAUUCGGGCAGCACGUUACCAUUACCUCAGGACAACCUUCCCAACUGUCCCUGAGACUGAGCUCAUACCCAGAAUCACAAGAAAUUAUGUCAAAGAAGGAUAUAUGGAGAAAACGGGACCAAAACAGAAGGAGGCCUUUAAGGUGCGCUGGUUCUGCCUGGAUUCUCAAGAAAGGAACCUGAUGUACUUUAAAAAUCCACUGGAUGCGUUUGCACAGGGCCAGGUUUUUAUUGGAAGGAUGGAUGAGGGAUAUGAAGUACGAGCUGGCUUGCCCCAGGGAGUCCGGGUGAAGAAGAGGAAACCAGCGAUCACUGUGGUCACACCAAUGAGAGAGUUUGUUUUUAUAUGUGAGAAUGAAAGGGAGCAGAGGGAGUGGAUAGACACCUUAAAUGGAGUCAUUGCCCAGCCUUUGACGGGUUAAGACUAGCACUGGUGCACUUUUUGGGCUCUGUGGCCUCUUUCUGGUGGCAAGGAUGGUGCUCAAGGCCCUGCAGUGACUAGUACAAAGGGCUUCUUCUUUUGCCAGCCACAGGCACAGGAAGCAUGGCAACAGAGAAAUGAGUAAGAGGGAGUGCAGAUACUCAGAAAUUAUCUGUGCCCCUGCAGAACCUUGCUUGAAGUGGCUUCUCUCUUCCUGCGUCUCUGCUUUUGAGCAGAGGAGGCCUUCCUAGCCUGACAUAGGGAUGAAUUACCCAACGUUGUCAUGUGGAAAAAACCCCAAAGUCAAUGGAGAAAGUCUGACCCCAGAAGGGCUGGCAUGCAUUUCCUUGAGGCCUCCUGCAGGUGCUGUUAUAUCAGCUCCUCUUUUUCUUGCCUUGGUCUGAUGUCAGACAGACUCCUGUACACCCUGAAGAUGUACCUGACAAUCCAGCCAGUGGCAUAUCCUGCCAGUGGAGUCAGCUGUUACACGAGUACAUAGGGACAGUGACAAAGAGGCAAAGAUACCAUCUCCUAUCAGGAAGAUGCAGGGUGUCCUGUUGGAUAGAUCUAAGAUACCAAUUCAUGUUGGAGUCACUGGAUGUCCUUCUCAGGGAGGAGCAGAGUCAGGCAGCUACAUUUCACCUGGCUGCAGCUCCUCUUCAGACAGGGACAUGGUUGUUUUUGACAGAAUGUUUAAUGUCUUUUACAGUGUUACAUUUCUAGCACAGUAAAAAAAUAAAAAGUCAAGCCUGAA